AUGGAGAGUGAAAAUACUUCAGAUCAUACCUACGAGGAACCAAGGGUCCUCCGUCGCUACAACGUCUCGCGAUCCUGCAUCCGCUGCCAUCAGCGCAAGGUGCGCUGCGAUAAGUCGCACCCAUGUACUACAUGCGCGCGGUCCAAUGUGACCUGUCGCUACCCGGGAUCAGAGAAGACCAAGCGCCGAGCUCCGAAUGUAGGUCUGAAUGAGGUGGCGGCCCGGUUGGCGCGUUUGGAACGGGCUGUCUCGGCGAUCGUGGGUGCGGAUGAGGGUAUUACAGUUCCAAGUUCAUCAGGCUCAGGACCGGCUUCUACGGAUCGGACUGCUGUUGACCAACAGGUCAGGGAUCCUUAUGCAGCGAGAGAAGGUUUCUUGGUGACUUCGGGUCCUUCGGCGAGGUAUAUUAAUGAGAGCUUUCUGUCGCAUGUUUUGGAAAAGGAAAAAGAGCUUCAGACAGUUAUAGAGUCUCCACUGAGCGCCAGUGGUGGUUCUACUGUAUUCUCUCCUCUGCGUGCAGAGGGGCUAUUGCUAAACCCGCAGCACGCGAUAUCUGACGUGGCGGAGUUAUACCCGUCUCGAUGGGAGGCAACGCAGCUAUGGCAGGUCUAUUUGAAUAACGUGAAUCCGCUCAUGAGGGUUGUGCAUAUUCCCACGCUACUACCAAAGGUAUACAAUGCCAUUAAUGCUCCAAGCGAUGUACCAGCAGAUCUUAGCGCGCUUCUAUUCGCAAUCUACUUCGCUGCAACCACGAGCUUGCUAUCUAUCAACGAAGGCGAUUUUCUGGGCGGCCAGAAACAUGCGGCGCUGCAGAAAUAUCAACGGGGAUUGGAAGUCUCGCUGUACAAUUCUUCGUUUCUGGACUCGCCGACCAUGACCUCGCUACAGGCUAUGGCUAUCUAUGUCCGGUGCCGCCGGUUCCAUAGCAGUGGUCGCUCCAACUGGGUUUUGAACGGGCUGACGAUAUACGCGGCUCAGUCAAUUGGGCUCCAUCGCGACGGAAGCAAUUUCCGUCUCCCGAUUCUGGAAUGUGAGCUGCGGCGUCGCCUGUGGUGGCAUAUUAUAACCGCCGAUAGGCGAGUGGCUGAAGACCACGGGCUCGUCGGGGGGUCUGAGACUAUCUCUAAUACGAACCUGCCAUUAAACGUCGACGACAGCGAUCUUAGUCCGCAGAUGAAGACUCCGCCGUCUCCAAAAGAAACGUGGACGGAGAUGACUAUGUUCUUGAUCACCGCAGAGGCGAGUAAGGUAUUUGCGCGCAUCCACCGGGUUUCGUUACAAUCACAACGUGGUAGAGAUGUGCAUAAUGAGUCCCGGAAGCUCGUAGCCGAUUUGGACGCUCGUUUGAGUAAAACGUAUCUGAAAUAUUGCGAUCAGAACGUUCCAGUCCAGAAAGCUACGUUUCUAUUGGGCCGGUUACUCCUAUCGAAGGCCAGGGUUCUGGUGCACAUCCAGUCGCUCAAUGAUCUGAGUGCGGAGCAAUCUGCAAAGCACAUUAACGAGGAGACUCUAUCAUAUGCAUGCGAGGGCCUCGAAUGUGGAUCGGAGAUGCUCACGGACGAAGUUCUGAAAAGCUACAGUUGGCUGUCUUCAACCUACACUCCGUACCAUUUGCUCACGUAUGCCCUGUGGCAUCUGUGCCUCUGUCCCGAGACCCCCGGGGUUGAGCGAGCCUGGAGUGCCGUUAAUACGUGCUUCGAAUUAACAGAGCGCGAUGCAGGCUGGCGGGAGUCUAAUCCUCAUUGGGCCGUUCUAUGUCGGCUUCGACAGAAGGCAUUGUCGAUCCGACGAUCAUGUUUAGGCGCGAAGCCAGGAGAGGGACUAUCUGACCUUGGUUUAAUGGACCUGCCGGAUACAGGCCCACAGAUCGAUUUUGGAGAUUCCCCAAUGCCCUGGGAUCUUGAUCCUCUUGCAUUCUUUGACUGGACGUCCUUUGCCCCGACAUUUUGA